CACUACAGCGCCAGGAGGAGUCCGGUUCGCGUGCGACCGCGGAGGUCUCUCUCAACUCGCUCGGCUGCGAGAAAUCGGGCUGAAGCGACUGAGUCCGCGAUGGAGAGAGAAAAGGAACAGUUCCGUAAACUCUUUAUUGGUGGCUUGAGCUUUGAAACCACAGAAGAAAGUUUGAGGAACUACUAUGAGCAAUGGGGGAAACUUACAGACUGUGUGGUAAUGAGAGAUCCUGCAAGCAAAAGAUCAAGAGGAUUUGGUUUUGUAACUUUUUCAUCCAUGGCUGAGGUUGAUGCCGCCAUGGCUGCAAGACCUCAUUCAAUUGAUGGAAGAGUGGUUGAGCCAAAACGUGCUGUUGCAAGAGAGGAAUCCGGAAAGCCAGGGGCUCAUGUAACGGUGAAGAAGCUGUUUGUUGGUGGGAUUAAAGAAGAUACUGAGGAACAUCAUCUUAGAGAUUACUUUGAAGAAUAUGGAAAAAUUGAUACCAUUGAGAUAAUUACUGAUAGGCAGUCUGGAAAGAAGAGAGGCUUUGGAUUUGUUACUUUUGAUGACCAUGAUCCUGUGGAUAAGAUUGUGUUGCAGAAAUACCAUACCAUCAAUGGUCAUAAUGCAGAAGUAAGAAAGGCUUUGUCUAGACAAGAAAUGCAGGAAGUUCAAAAUUCUACAAGUGGAAGAGGAGGCAGCUUUGGUUUUGGAGACUCUCGAGGUGGUGGUGGAAAUUUUGGACCAGGACCAGGAAGUAACUUUAGAGGAGGAUCUGAUGGCUAUGGAAGUGGUCGUGGAUUUGGGGAUGGCUAUAAUGGGUAUGGAGGAGGGCCUGGAGGUGGCAAUUUUGGAGGUAGCCCUGGUUAUGGAGGAGGAAGAGGAGGAUAUGGUGGUGGAGGACCUGGAUAUGGCAACCAGGGUGGGGGCUACGGAGGUGGUUAUGACAACUAUGGAGGAGGAAAUUACGGAAGUGGAAAUUACAGUGAUUUUGGAAAUUAUAACCAGCAACCAUCUAACUAUGGUCCAAUGAAGAGUGGAAAUUUUGGUGGUAGCAGGAACAUGGGGGGACCAUAUGGUGGAGGAAACUAUGGUCCUGGAGGAAGUGGAGGAAGUGGGGGCUAUGGAGGGAGAAGCCGAUAUUGAGCUUCUUCCUAUUUGCCAUGGGAAGGUGUCUUGCUGCAGGUAACUAAUGAAGAAGUGGUCAACCACAGAGUCUUCGAGAAAUAAGAAAUUCUGUACCAUCUGAAAGUAGUUGUUGGUGCCUUCAUUUAAAAAAGCACUCUUUUAAGAUUAAAGGCAAAUGUUUUCUGAUAAAAUACAAACUUCAUUUAGUAUAGGCUCUUAAUAUAAAACAAUUACAAGUUGAGUAUUGUUUGUAAAAAUAACAUCAAAUCAGCCAGAGAGAUAAAUGUAUCAUGUUUUAAAUUAGGUUUUGUGAGUAGACAGAUUAAAGUUCUAUUUUAAAUAUAAAGUUUUAUAAAAUAAAUACUUUUGUAUCCAAAUAACUUGGUGUAAUGUUUACACAUAAAAUGUGUGAAUCUUGUUCUAUAAACAUUCAGUUGUCUAAAGAAUUGCCAUCCCUUAGGUUUUUAAAGCAGUUUCACAAAACUGUACAUAUUGCCAUUUUUUUCUUUUAAUAGACAUGAGAAAACCAUUGUGGACGUUAUUGGCUGUCCCUAAUAAAAAUUCCAUUCUUUUAUACACUAUAUUCAGCGUUGGAAUGCUGCUAUAGUUUUCUGGCUUUACCAUGUGCGUUCAACGUCCCUGGUGCCGUUUUAAAAAUGUAUUACAGGCUUUUAAACAGAGUGGUCCAAAUUAAAAUUUGUCAUUCUAGUUUCUUAAAGUGGUAUUGCAUUUUACACCGAGUAUUGGGUAGCUGUCUUUAAAGGGUUUAAGCAUGAUGGAUAAAAUUUAGUGAGUGACUUUCUUCAAUAUUUACCUAAAAUAACAAAAAGCAUAAAAACAUGAGAUACCAAGGAUGUCUCAUUUUCUUUGGUUUUGAUAAUAUGAAGUAUCAGGUAAGUCAAACUAAGGAUGGCUAACAAAAGCUGUUUUUGUUUCAAAUAAAUAUUCAAGUAAACUGUUGAAUACUCUGCUUCACAUUAGGAAAA